AAAGCACAAGCCAAUUUAUGCCAAAACAAAGUAACACUUCCCGUCCAGUAGAUAGCGACAUUCCACAAUAAUAACACUCCAGGAAGUAACAGGAAGUACCAGGAAGUAAAAUGACUUACCAUUUGCGUAUGCGCCAUCCGGUUCCCCACGCUUUUGUAGUUUUUCCAGAAUUCUCUAAGAUAAACACAUUUUACUUUGAUGGCAGUGAGUUAUCCCACGCCGAUCUACUCCCACGCGGGCCGGGGGGAGUUUAGUGAGGUGUACGAGCCCGCGGAAGACUCAUUUUUGCUGAUAGAUGCGCUAGAAAAAGAUGCAGAGAUGCUGAAGGAAAGAAGUCCAAGUGUGUGUUUAGAAGUUGGUAGCGGCUCUGGAGUGGUUUCUGCGUUUCUGGCUUCUGUGCUCGGGUCUGCAGCUUUGUAUAUUUGCACAGAUGUGAAUGCCGCGGCUGCAAAGUGCACAGCCAAAACCUCCACAUGCAACAGUGUUUCCCUGCAGCCUGUAAUCACCAAUUUGGUAGACUGCCUUUUGCCUCGAUUAAAUGGCAAAGUGGAUAUCUUGCUGUUUAACCCUCCCUACGUGGUCACGCCUUCUGAAGAGGUGGGUAGUUCAGGCAUAGAAGCAGCUUGGGCUGGAGGAGAGAGAGGAAGAGAGGUUGUGGACAGAUUUCUACCUGUGGUCUCGAAACUACUGUCCAAAAAAGGGCUGUUUUACCUCAUUACCAUCAUUGAGAAUAACCCAGAUGAGAUUAUCAGUAUACUGGGGAAGUGUGGUCUGAGUGGAGAGGUCUGUUUGAGCACAAGAGCUGGAAAUGAGCGGCUGUCAGUGCUGCGGUUCAGAUGGAGAGAGGGAGCAUGAGGCUGGUUUAAAAAGGUGAUGUGUCCAUCUUCUCUGAGCCGUACGGUGCCGCUGGCCACGAGCUCCAUGGCGGCUGGGAACGCGCGGUGCUCUGCUUCUUUGAUCCUCUCGCACAAACUCUCCUCUGUGUCGCUACUGAGCACUGGCACCGAC